AUGGCCGGUGUGGGAGACAACGACACCAACAGCAGCACGGAGAGGGCCCCGUCAGGUGACCAGCACAAUCCGCUUACCACUCAGCAAGCAUCCAUUGUUGCCGACGAAGUCUGGAGGAACAGUGGAAUUAAUGCCUUGAAUCCACCACAGCCGCAAGAUGUCGCUGAGCGCGUGCAUGUGAGCGUGCCUGGAAAACCUAGCCGCGGAGCAGUCAUGCACGGCGACCGAGAGACAUUGUUUUCUCAAUCCCAACCGCAGGAGUGCAACGAUCAAAUUUUAUUUGACAUGGGGUCUCAGCCCUCUUCUGCGGCAAGAGAAGGCGUGCGGCCCGACAAGCAGGACACGGGGGGCGUGGAAGACGCCGGUGCCCCACCCUACUCAGCGCAUCAGCGAUGCACCAGCACCACUGUCGGCACUCCAGAAGUCCUUCAUGCAGCAGAAACGGGCGGUGACAGCGGGGUCAUGCCUUUUGAGGAAUUCAGGUCGAGUGUCAGGCACCCGGAUACAGGUGUAGGGUCAUUGCCCCUUUUUAUGCGCUUCCGAAACCCAAAAUUGAAAGGUCGGCAACAGAAGGCGCAUGGAUCAACUAACACACCUUUUUCCCCUGUGAAGCCGUACGGGGAGCCUGUUAUCACCAACCGUCAUCACUCUCCGCGCUUAAUGAGAAAAUUUGAACUUUCUCUCCGCUGCUGGGUGAUUUGCCCUCUCGUGGUGAUUUUAUUGGUGGUGGCCGCAGUUACGAUGUCGUUGUCGUUUGCAACGUCGAAAAGCAGCUCAGAAAGCGUCUUUUUGUCCCUGCAUGACGUGGUGUUGGACAACAUAGAGGAGUCCGUGGGGUAUUUAACGUUGACAAAGAUGGUACGCAUGGCGGUGUCGACAGGAAGCAUGUACUUUUCUAAGAACACCUUCCCCAACCCUCGGGCUGACAUACUGAUGCCGCUGGAAGGCGGCAUGAUGUCGCGUCUCUGUGCUGUUCUUCGCGACAUGGAUCCUGCUAAGAUGGUCUCUUCUCUCGGCGCCGUUUCGCUGACGAGACAACAGGCUGCCGUGUGCUUUAACUCUCGUUCACGCCCUGGCAACUUUGUGGGCACAAUGAGUCGCAAUGGUGUCAUUAAGGGCUUCUACUACGUUGACCCCGUGACACUGGAGUACAAAACCCCACUGGAACCCCUGGGAGAAAUCGAUCACCCCAUGAGCAUCGAUGGCUUUACCAAAUCCCAGCGCUUCGAGAAGGUGGUCGAGAUAUGGAAGGCUGCGGUGGAAAAGGGUGAGCCGAUGCUGUCAGAGCAAUAUUGGGUGACGCCGCGCCACCCGCCAAACUAUGUUGUGUUUGUCUACCCAUUCUUUGAGGUGUAUGAGGACGGCAGCACCGGUGUUGGCUACAUGUACUCAACGAUGUUCACGGAUGACAUUGCGAGCAUUCAGUGGUACAGCCCGGCUGAAAGUGGCAUACGUGUGAUGCUUGUGGACCCGGAUUUAAGGGCAGAGCAACUGUUGGUUGUUGCAAACAGCUGGGGUCAACCACUUGCCAACGUCACAAACGCAUGGCUGGCAACCGUGAGAGGCGAUGCAGUGAAGUUUAUGUACGUUGAGGACGUGGAGGACCCCAUAAUGCGCGAGGCGCUCAAGCACGUGGACCUUCGCGCCGCUAUCAGCAGUGGCAGCGAUCAGAAUGCCUCC